AAACACGAUGUUUGUGGAUGAUACAGCUGCAUCUUGCAGAAGAUUUCUGCCAUAAAUAAUGAAUAAUGAUGCAGAAUGGAAACAAUGCAUUGAAGAAAGAACUUUGAUGACUUGAUUUUUUUUCUUGAACAUGGGAGACUCAGAAAGUGAUAGUGAAAAUGGAUCUGAAGAAAGAGUGUUGCCAGCUAAAGACGUGUACCUGUUAAUGAAGAAAGAUUACAGAAUAUCAAGGAACAUAAGAGCAUCAUGGUUUUUUCAUCACAUCAACUCAGUAUUAGAAUUUUCUCCAGAAUCAUGUGUGGAGGAGACCAACAAAGAGCUGACCGUUGUGGGGGUGGUGAUGGAGGAGGAGGCAGUGGUCCGUUUUGGGACUGACGAUUCCCCCAAUGCCUCCCCACCACCUCUGACUGACCGGGCCUUUAUCAGUUUCCGCCUGGUGCCCUCCACUGUCGUCCAUUUCAUCGCCAAGAGAUACAGACUUGUUUUUGUGUUAGACUUCAGCCCCUCAGCUCUCUCUGUGGACUUGAAAACUGGAGAAGUGUUUGCAGACAAGAUUUUUGACAGCUUGAAGAAAUGUUUGCUUGGAUUGGUGAAACCAUUUCCACUUCCUGGGACAAACUUACUGUUUGAGUCAGAGCUGUUCAUCACUGUCAUUGCCCACACCCCUAUGGUGGUCUGUACCACAAACCAGGUUUUAGUUCAGGGCAUUAGAGUGACUGCUGCCAAUGUUGCUGUGGUGUUAGAUGCAGUGAGAACCAGUUUACAGGUGUUUGAGCAGAGUUUGUACAACGACAUCAACCUGCCUUCUCCAGACAUGACAAAUCUUGGAGACAGUUUAUCAAGGAUGGAGCAUUCAAACCCAGAUCAGAAACCUCGCACCAGGAACAAGUCGGCUGAGUUGGCCAUUAAUCCCGAGGCUGGCAUCAUUAACUUACUCAGACAGGGGUUCUUUGCUCUGCAGUUACUGCCGGAGAACUCUAGUGCAGGAAUAGUUGUUGUGACAGAUGGAAUGUUGGGAGUGACAGAUUUAAAUCUAUUUGAUACUUUGCUGGCCCAGCUGAGGAGUAGCACCAUUGCGUGCUCAUUUCUCAGGAUCGGCCAAACUCAGUGCGCUCGCUGCUCCUUUGGGCUGGUGCCUCAUGUAGAACUGUUACAGUUCAUCUCAUCCACCACAUUCGGAACAUAUAUAGGAGACCCACCUGAUGAGAAAGAAGACUACCACAGAAAGCUGCUGAUCUGGAGUUUCCAGAAAUCUAUCAGGGAACCUCUACAUGUUCUACCUGGCUACAACAAUAGUGCCUGUUCCUACAUCAAUGUGUAUGCACAUCCCCUCAAAGAUUACCCCGACCUAAUUCCUAUUGAGAGGAAGAGGCAGAUGGAUGUAAAACUGAACACCUCUCUCUCCAGUGUCCUGUCAAUCAGGCUUAGAGAGGGCUUCACUCUGAGGAAUAUCAUCUUCUUAAGAGGAGAAACUCAGAUUAAGGUGGAGCUGGCCUUGCUAUGGAGAGACUAUGUCAAGAUAGAGUAUUGUGCCACUGCUGCCUGGCCACAGGAUAAAUCAAGACAACACCAGACCCAUGUUGAAAUGUUUGUGGAAGGGAGCUAUGAAUUCCUACAUGAUGCUUUCUCCAAUGAAUGUACUCUGACAAUGUCCAGGUGGAGUCCCAUCCGACUCAAUAGAAGAAAGAAAUUCCUAUUAGCACUUACUAAACUUCGCCAGAGUGAUGUGUUACUGAGCCACCUUCAGGGCUUUGCUUCCAAUCCUGUAAAUUACAAGUUACCGGACAGUAUAAAGAAUGGCCUCUCUGUGUUCUACAUACCCCUCCAGUCUAGUGCCCCAACCCUCAACUCUCAACACAACACAAAGGAUGCUGUUUUAAAUCAGUUUGUCACAUUCUGGAAACCAGUGGUUCAUUUAGACACAAAAAUUUGGCAGAAGUGGAUGCACAGUCACCGGAUAGGUAUGGUGCUGGAACAUGACCGCCCCUUGUCUAAGUACCUACACAUCCCCGACUCCUGUGGGAGGUUCUACUUUGUCUUCUGUCGACAAGCUCAGCUGGCCCUACAAACCCUCCUCCAGAGCUGGAGUACAUUUGUACUGGUGGAAAACACUGCUUAUGUCAAGUAUUUGUAUGAGGGAGAGUCUCAAAGUUCUAAAGAGCAUCCCACCCAUUUCCUGCUUUUGAGAUUGUCCACUUCCAAAGCUCCCUGCAUGACAAUCAAAGCGGCUUUCCUGGGAGGAGCCUCAGGUUCCAUGAGAUACAAAGUGCUGAAGGAACUCAAAACAAAAGUAUUUGCCCUGAAGUUUAAACAAGGAGGUUCCCAGAUAGAGAAGAGCAAGAAAUCUCCAAAACAGGAGAAAGAGACAAUGGUUAAGAGGAAGCCACCCCUAAGCAGGGAUUGGUCAGAGACACCAUGCUGCAUCAUGUUGACCAAACCCAUGGAAAAUAUUCUUAUCAG